AUGAUUGAGGGCUUCAAACUACAAGCAUGUCUUGUGGGCAUUAUUGCCCUCGUGCUACUUGCUAUUGCUUCUAUUAUUGUGAAGGCACACAGCAUAGUCCGGUUUGGUUCUGGGCUCGGCUCCACCGAGGUGCUGCGGAGGAUGUGGUCCAAGUCCGAUCUGGUGCUGUUCCAGCCGGUGCGACACAUCGAGCUUCUCACGCUGCUCGCCUCUCUGGGGCUAUUUUUUGCCCUCCGCGAGUUUAUUGUCGCCGUGUUGCAGCUUGCGGGCCUUUUGCAUCACCGCUACAGCCCUGCUCAGGAUAUUAUUUUCGCGCUAUGCGCGAUCGUGGCCUCUCCAUUCGGCCUAACUGUGUAUAGCUUUGGGGGCGGGCGGAAACUCACCGUGGCCACUGUGUCUAUGACCUUUUUAUUUGUCGGCGCCGGGGCAGCCAGGUUUGUAGACGCUCUUCUUGUCGAGGAACACAUCAACGCUUUCCGCGUGUUGGUCUUCUGCGUGCUCUGUCCUGGAGGCGUCAUUGCGGCCUGUUUACGCGUUAAAUCGCAGCUCAACACCCGGGAAAAUGCCGUGGCGAUGGUGCAAACAUCGUCGCCCAGACCCACUAUGAUUUACCUUUGGAGCGUGACGGUUUUGACUGCAUGCCGGCUUGCUCACUCGGGAACCUUGUUUUUUGCCGGUGGUCCUGGAGAUCACAAGGGCCUGGACCUGCACUAUUUGUCCCGCGUAGCCGCCCAGCUCUCGGAUAUUCUCUUACUCAUGGCCAGUGCUCUCGUAGCAAUUGCAGUGGCCAACAACCGCAUCAUGAACGGGAACUAUUCUUGGCAAUGGCCCAGCUUCCUCGUUCCUGCCCUGUGUGUCCUGCCCAGCGAGGCUGUCAUUACGCUAAUUAUUUUCAAUCGGCACAACGACUACUUUACCAUUUGGCAUCUCGUACGAAACACCAUCAAAGUCGGUGCUACAGGAUUCGUGGGUUCUGUCGCCUAUUUGGGGGUUGUAGCAAAAUACGCCAAAGCCGCUUUGGAUCCGGGUGCCGACGGCCAAAGCGAGCUUCUUGAAAUUGACGAUGAUGAAGACUCGGCAUCCGAGUUCGAAGUCUAA